AUGCUGAUGGAUAUCUGCUAUCGGCUUCAGGCACUGAAAUCUGGCACCAUGGGAACCAGCAGAGAUGUUAUAAUCUGGUUCCAGAACGGGUCAGACAGGUAGGCUCUCAUGUCGGCGGUACGUCACAAGUCACCCUACCACUUUGAGGAACACGCACUAACCUUCUACCCAGAUCUGUCCAGAGCCACAAUGGUCUGGCGGAGGUCCAUUCGACUCUUAACUGCCGAGUUGAUAAGGCACCAGAUACCCAACAAAUGGGGCUCUCCCAGGAGUCUGCUGGUUCCCCGCGAUACUGGGACUUUAAAAAUUAUCGAUGCCUUUACAGUGUCCGGAACUCUGCACACACUGGGGCUGUCUAUGCGCACCGGAGAACAACAGCAGCCAGGACCACUUCUGGGGCAUACAGCCUGGGAUCCUGCCAGGGUCCUUCCGUUCGUGCCGGCCGCCAACCGGGAAAAUCCAGCAUCCACUGCUGUGGCCUGA